AUGUUGCAGCACGACUCGGAAGAUGAGCAAGAAUACCAAACUGGUUUAGAAUCCACUUGUCUAGUUAGUGCAGAUUUGCUAGAGCAGGAAAAGGCAUUUAGGAAAAAAAACAAGGAGCUCAAAUCACAAACCAAGCAAGUACUUCAACAAGCUAAUGAUGUUGUGAAAGAAGGACGAUGUGCAUUGGAGCGACCCACGACAGCACCCACUCGACUUGUUUCAAAAUCAGCACCAGUCAAUAUUCGAUCAAAAAAGUUGCAACGAUCCGAUUCUGCAUCAAAUGUGGACAUGGCUGAAAGAUCAAAGAUAUUUCCAUCCACUGAAAAACUUUCAAAUCAAAAUGAUGAGCCUGUUUCUGAAGCUUCAAAACUCAUUCCGGGUUUGAUUAACAUAGACCAAACGCAUAUUAUGAUGGGUUUACCCAAACACAUCAACGAAAACAGUCUUGGAUUAGAGGCGACCAAUCGAUUUUUAAAAGCCAAAAUUCAAGUACUUCAAAAAGAGCUGGAGAGUGUCGUGCAAAUCCAAAAUGAAAAGGAUGCAAAGCAUGUACUGACAUUAGAGCGACUCAAAUUAGUAGAAGAGGAAAGCUCAAAGAUGCAAAAAGCACUCGACAAAUCCGAGGAUACGUCUGAAAAGCUUCGUGUUUUGUUGGACAAAUCCAAAAACAAAUAUGAAGCAUCCGAGUUGGAUCUACAACGAGUCAAAAAGGAAAUGGAUAAUGCGAACAAAGUAACUCGUCAAACAGCGAAUGAGGUAACCACUCGCGAUUUGAAAUUGAAUCGUGCUCUGGAGGAGUUGGACAAAUGCCGGUCAAUUUUGGCUAGACAAGAAGGAGAUGCCAAGGAAAAGAUUGAUGUGGCAAAACGAACAGCUGAAGCAUUGUUUGCUGAAAACAAAAAGCUUCAAAAGCAAAAGUCUGAGCUAUUAACAGCAUUUAAAAAGCAAGCCCAAUUAGUUACGAUUCUCAAGCGACAAAAAAUGCAUGUUGAAUCCGUGAAGUUGCUACAGUUUACUGAGGACGAGUUUGUGCGAGCAUUGAACUGGGAUUUAUGA